AUGGAGGCGGCCUCAGCGGCGCUGAGAGGCCAGGAGGCCGAGCGGCAGGAGAGAAGCUCCAACAUGAUCCGAGUGUUCAUCAGCUCCACCUUCACAGAUAUGAGCAGUGAGAGGAAAGCCUUGCUGGACAAAGCUUACCCAGAAGUCCAUGCUUUCUGUCGGAGUCUGGGAUUGGUGUUUGAGGUCGUGGAUCUGAGGUGGGGGAUUCGUAACAUAACCAGCGGGGACCACGAGGCCUCACAGCUGUUUGUGGAUGAGAUCGAAGCCUGCAGGAGGAUUUCAGUCGGCCCGGCCUUCACUGCUCUGCUGGGGAAUCGGUAUGGCCACCGAGCUCUGCCUCGUCUCGUCCCAGAGAAGCAGUUCGAGCUGCUUCUGUCCAAACUGCAGAAAAACCCUAAAGGCCUCAAGCUGCUCAACCAGUGGUUCUUGAAAGACAACAAUGCUGACCCGCCCAUGUACGUCCUUCAGCCAAUCACGGCUCACUUCCCCCACUACAGCGACCUGCGGCCUGAGAGCGGGCCACAGCGCGACAACAACGUGGUUUCCUGGCGUUUCACAGAGACUCAGCUGCUGCAGCUCCUGCGCACCGCCGCCACCAAGGCCGAGGCAGACGGAGACAUCACGGCCGAACAGAAACAACUCUUCUACAGAUCCGUCACAGAGAUCGAGAUCGACCAGGGUUUGCGGAAGGAAGAUGGUGAACCAUCGGCCCUCCUCUUUGUCCGAGAGCUGCCCCGCCAGAGGGUGAGGGAUGGUCCCAAACGCCUCGCCAAGUUUAUGGACAUUACUGCUGAUGGCCUGUUGGACGCAGAGGCCCAGGAGCUUCUCACCGGUCUUAAGUCACGCCUCUACGCCACUUCACAAAAGAUCCUCAACUUGCACUGCGUGGAGCUGAGCAAGGGAAGUAUUGACCCCAAACGCAAGGAGCAUGCUCAGUACCUGGAGAGCCUCUGCGAGCAGUUCGUCUCCCAGAUGAAGGCCAGGAUCAGCCGGGCGGUCGAGUCACCAGCUGAAGAAAGGGAAGACGCCUCCUGCUGGGUGCUUGAGGAGGUUUGCCUCCACGCUGCUCUGAGUGCCGAGCGGUGUGCGGGGAUGCGGGGCAGGGAAGGCCUUCUGGGGAAGCUCUGCCUGGCCAUGUGGGAGUCGACCAACGCCCAGCAUAGCCCACUGGUGGUGCACGGUGCCUCCGGUAUGGGCAAGACGGCUCUGCUCUGCAAACUGGCCCAGGAGCUGCGUAAUGUCCUGGAUCCCCGGGCGGUCGUGGUGAUCAGGUUGCUGUCCGCCUGUCACCCUCUGAGUCCUGACGUCGACCACGUCCUGCGCAGCGUCUGCUUCCAGAUCUGUUUGGCUUGUGGUUUGACGCCUCCUCCCCCUCUGAUUGCCAACACGCAUGUGGAGCUUGUGAAAUUCUUCCAGAACCUUCUCGUAAAAGUUUCCCAGCAAGGAAGCACUCUGCUCAUCAUCCUGGACUCGCUGGAUCAGCUGUCUGACGAACAUCACGCCCGCAGGCUGCACUGGCUGCCUGCCGACGUCCCGCCCAACGUCCACAUGGUCGUCUCCACAGACACAGGCAGUCAGGAGUUUGCUAGCUUGCGGCUGAAGUUGGAGUCGUCAGGGAGUUUCUUUGAGGUGGAGAGUUUGUCAGCUGAUGAGGGGAAACAGAUCCUGGACUCCUCCCUGCGAGCCUCCCAGCGAACUUUGACCCCCGAGCAGAGCAACGCCGUGCUGAGGAGCUUCCAGCAGACCGGCAGUCCUCUCCACCUGAAACUGAUUCUCGCUGCGGCCAAGCGCUGGACGUCCUUCACCCCGCUAACAGAGCUGUGCCUGGGCACCGACCCACAGGAAAUGAUGUCACUGCUCUUCCUGUCUCUGGAGGAGAAGCACGGGAAGAAGCUGGUGGGAGCUGCCUUGGGUUACAUCGCCUUGGCGAGGGAGGGGCUGCUGGAGGCUGAACUGCGCGAUGUCUUGUCCCUGGAUGAUGAUGUCAUCGGCGAAGUGUACAGGUACUCCCUCCCACCGAACCCGUCGCUGAUCCGGCUGCCCCCCCUCCUCUGGGCGCGGCUCAGAUGGGACCUGGGAGAAAACCUGACGGAGAGCUGGGUCGAUGGCGUCGCAAUGCUCCGCCUCCAGAACCGGCAGCUGAGCGUGGCGGUGUCAGCUCGGUAUCUGGCGGUGGAGCAGCGCGCUCGCCGCCUCGCCGUCCUGGCUGAGUACUUCCUGGGUCGCUGGUCCAACCGGCUGAAGCCCGUCGCCCUGCCGGCGCUGUCGCUGCUCCUGUCCGACAGAAAGGUCCCGCCCCAGCCCCUGUGGUUUGCUCCAGGAUUGGCUAACGUCAGGAAGCUGCAGGAGCUGCCCUAUCACCUGCUCCACGCCGGCCAGUGGGAGGAGCUACGGCAGGAAGUCAUAGGCAGCGCUGAGUGGCUCUUCUGUAAGAGCAGGGUGUGCGGGGUGGCCAGUGUGAUCCGGGACCUGGACCAGUGCUCCCAGUACAUGGACUGCACUGAGACCCGGCUGGUGCGGGACGUCCUGCUGCUGAUCAAACCCAGCCUGGACUUCCUGGACGGGCACAUGGAUAUGUGUCUCUUCUACACUGAACUGUUGGGCCGCCUGCUCUCCCUGGCCCCGCCCUUCCCCGCUGUGAUUGGCAGGCUGUGCAGCCAAUGUGAGGAGUGGUUGUUGACGUGUCCGGAGCCUGUCCUCGUGCCCAAGUGCAGCUUCCUGCAGCCUCCAGGGGGGGCGCUGCAGCACACGCUGAGCGCACCGCAGGGAGGCCAGAGCCACGCCGCCGGUGUUCUCUGCCUGGAUGUGGGUGAGGAGGCGGAGCUUCUGGUUGCCGGCUUGGACGAUGGCGUGGUGAUAACCUGGAGCCUUGCUGACCUGCAGCUCACACACACACUGCUGGGACACACAGCUGCAGUUCUGUCUGUCAAAGUGAUUGACAGUUCCGUCCACUGCCUGUCAUUGGCUGCUGACGGCUCUCUGAGGGGGUGGAGCCUCCUGACUGGCAGACAGCUGUUCUGCAUAGAGGAGGCGGUGCCUAUUGACUCCUCCCCCUCCUCAGUACACCUCCACCUGAGUGACGACAAACACCUGGUCUACGUUUCCACGAGGACACAAGUGAAGGCCUGGCAGCUGGACAGAGCAGAGCUGCUCUUCAGCUUCAGCGACACCGGAUCUGUCAUCCUGGGAGUUCUGGAGGGGGCGGUGUUUUCUCUGUGGGACUGUGAUCUGGUCAGGAUAUCCCAGCCUCCUGACGGGACCAAGACAGCUGAGAGCCGUCUGGAGAACUCGGAGAGAGGCGUGACCCCUGUGAGCUGCGUCACAUUACCACGACGUGGGAAACUUUUCAUGGUCUCAAAAGAAGGCCUCCUCUACCAGAUUUCCAGGACGGGGAGACAAACGGUGAUCGAGUUUCCUCUGGUUCCUUCCCUGCUCAUGGUUACUGAGGAUGAAAGAAUCCUGUUGGCAGCCUGCGAGAGGACGUUGCACCUGUUCAACGUGGAGAGCGAGUCGCUGGACAGAUUCCUGGACCUGCAGCACGACGAGGCCGUCCUGUCCGCCUGCGUCUCGCCGGACAGCCGGCUGCUCGUCUCCGGAGCCGCAGACCAGAUCAUACGAGUGUGGUCGGUGACGACAGGUGUGCUGCUGGACAGUCUGAGUGGGACGGAUGCUCCCGUCUCCUCUCUCGCCCUGUCAGGCGGCUUCAUAGUUUCGGCGUCGACCGUGGCUUCCUGCGUCCGGCUGUGGAGUCUGAAGUACGACACCCGACACAAACCCAAAGCCCACAUCCCCGCCGGCUGCUGCCACGCCACCGUCACCAGAGACUGUGACUCGGUUUACUACGUCAGACAGGAGGACCAGACCGAGGUCGUCAGCUGGAACAACCACACAGGUCAGAGUACCUUAGAGUUGAACCGGCUGGCGGUACCUGCAGAGGUUUGCUGUCUGGAGUUAGCGCAGCACAAACGCCUGCUGUUGUGUGGCCUGAAGACCGGUACCGUCCUCAUCUAUCCACUCGCCAUGCCCCAGGAGACGCUCUGCAUCCCACCGCCGGAGAGCCUCCCCAAGGUGCUGUGCCUGGCCGUCGGCCCGCAGGAGAGGCGGCUGGCGGUGGCGUAUGAGGACGCGGUGUGUCUGUUUGAGAUCACGUCCAGAGACAGCUUCCCGGCGGUGGAGGGGCCGCUGCAGAAGUUCACCCCGUCACUGCUCCACGCCCAGGUCUCCUCUAUGGCGCUGAUGGCCGACCGCAGGCUGGUGUACGGGACAGGCUGUGGGAACGUGGAGCUCCACGACUUCAGGAGCAGCAGCAGUUCAUCCCUGGAGCCGCACUGCAGCAAGGUGACCUGUGUGACUGCAGGAAACUGGGGGAACCACGUCCUGGUGGGCUCCGAGGACGCCGUGCAGAGGCUGUGGGCGCUGAACCCGCUGGCUCUGGAUCACACCAUGGAGUACAAGGGUUUUGUGUUUGAGGGCGUCCUGUCCGCCGCCUUCUCCGAGAGCGACCAGUUUGUCUUCACGGGAUCUCAGGACAGGACGGUCAAAGUCUGGGACGUUGCAAGUGGCAAUCUGCUGUACGUGCAGUAUGUCUACGCUCCCGUCAUGAAGAUGGUGACCUAUAGGAAUGGCUUUGUGGCGCUAUCGCAGCAGGGCUUUGUUAUCAAGGAGGUGUUCCGCUGUCCCGAGCACGUCAGCCUGGAUUACAACCCUCUGAGGAACGUCAGGGCUCAGUACCGGGUCACCUCCAGGGAGAAGGACCAGCCUGGAACCGAAACCUCCAUGUCCAACCUGCAGGACUACAAUCCUGCCCAGUUCAACCUCGGCUUCAUGCUCAAGACCAAACCCUCCACCUCCUGUCACAUUCUGUAGAGCUCCGGUCCCCGAACCACAAUCUGGGGACCUCCAGGAGACACUGAGAGCUUUCCAGGGAUCCUUGAGGGGAUUCCAGGGCAUUUUUAGGGGGUUAAAGGGUCAUUUGAGGAGGUUCCAGGGAUUCCUGAAAGGGUUCCUUGGGUCCUUGAGGUAGGACUGGUCUAUAUGGCCGAUUAAAUAUCACGAUAUCACUGAACAAAUGCCUUGAUAUCGAUAGUAGGCGCUUUCGAAUCAAGUAGUUCUGGGGACUUUUUUGAGAGAAUUGCUUGGGACAAAAUAUCAAAAUAUCAAUAUAUCAUGAUACUUCCUCUUGUGACAUAUUAUUUGAUAUACUGCAAGAAAACUCAGUUUUGUAGGCAUUAGAAUUUGCUUUGGAUUAUUUCUGAUGAUAUUUUAUAUCUGAUUAAUUCAUAAAAAAUUAACUGCUAAAUCUUAAACAAACAUAUUUAUCUUUAAAUGUAUGGGUUUAGAGAGACUGAGGUGCAGAGCAACGAGAGCGUCGUGAUAAAUAGAAGCUGUUUUUAGGUUCGUUCACUGGAACUGAGGUGCCGUUCGGUUUUUGUACAACAAUUUACUACCAUAAAUAAUAGAGACUUUUCUGUUUUAAUUUAAUAGCAUUUAAUAGUUCAUAGAAAUUAUAUGUAGGCAGCAAUAUCAGAGGUGGUAUUUUAUUCAUUCAUUCACUCAUUCAUUCAUUUCACUUUCACGUGAAAUUUGUCAAAUCUUUAUAUAAAUAUUCACUUUGUCAGAUUUUCACAGUGAACGGAAGGCAGACUUUGGUUCUUUCUCUGGAACUCUCAGGCUGUUUGGCUAAACGACAACAGCAAGAUAACCGAACAAUUAAAAAGCAACUACCCAACUGAAAUGUUUAAAUUCACAGUGUGAACGGAGCCCAUCUCACUCUGUGUGCUCCCCAUUCAGACUGAUUUGAUCUCAUCAGUCUGAUCUCAUCUGAUCUCAUCAAUCUGAUCU